AUGGCGAACGCAGAAGCAGCCAUGGUGAGCAACAAGCAAAUCAUAUUCCCAGACUAUGUGAGUGGAUUCCCGAAAGAAUCCGAUUUUAACAUAACCACUAGUACCAUCGAUCUAAAGCUUCCGGAGGGAUCCACGUCAGUUCUUGUGAAGAAUCUUUACUUGUCUUGCGAUCCUUACAUGCGCAUUUGCAUGGGAAAGCCCGAUCCCUUGUCUUCUUCCCUCGUUCCACCGUACACGACCGGCGUGCCAAUCGUUGGGCUUGGAGUGUCUAAAGUGAUAGAUUCAGGGCAUCCAGAUUACAAAAAGGGAGACUUACUCUGGGGACUAGUUGGAUGGGAGGAAUACAGUGUUAUUACUUUAACUCUUCACUCACACUUCAAGAUCCACCACACCGAUGUUCCAUUAUCUUACUACACUGGACUUCUUGGUAUGCCUGGUAUGACCGCUUAUGCUGGAUUUUACGAAAUUUGUUCACCUAAGAAGGGAGAGACCGUCUUCGUGUCAGCUGCAUCUGGUGCAGUUGGUCAGCUCGUGGGACAAUUUGCAAAGUUGAUGGGUUGUUAUGUAGUUGGCAGUGCCGGAAGUAAAGAAAAGGUUGAUCUUCUCAAGACAAAGUUCGGGUUUGAUGAUGCUUUCAAUUACAAGGAAGAGAAGGAUAUUAGUGCUGCCCUAAGGAGGUGUUUUCCGGAAGGGAUCGACAUAUAUUUUGAGAACGUGGGAGGCAAAAUGUUAGAUGCAGUACUCAUAAACAUGAAGUUGCAUGGUCGUGUCGCAGUAUGUGGAAUGAUCUCACAGUAUAACUUAGAGAAUCCAGAAGGCGUACACAACCUACCCACCAUCCUUUACAAGAGGAUACAAAUUCAAGGGUUUGGGGUCUGUGAUUUCUACCACAAAUAUUCUAAGUUUUUGGAUUUUGUGCUUCCUUACAUCAGAGAAGGGAAGAUAACAUACGUUGAAGACAUAGCCGAAGGACUUGAGAGUGGGCCUCCUGCUCUGUUAGGACUCUUCGAAGGCAAGAACGUGGGUAAACAACUCUUUGUGGUUGCUCGUGAGUGA